AUAUAAAUAUAAUCUCAUAGCUUGCAAACCACAACAUGAAAAAUUAAGUAACAGCCUUCCAUUAUCUUCAUAUAUCACAACAUCUUCCACUAAAAAAAAAAAAAUUGUGAUGGAAAUUCAAUUUCAGCAACCAAACAUGCAGCAGCAAAAUCAGAAAGCAGCCAAAGGAGGAAAGUUCAAAGGAAGAAACAGAAACAGCAACAACACAAACAAAUUUGUUGGUGUGAGACAAAGGCCAUCAGGUAGAUGGGUGGCUGAGAUCAAAGACACAACUCAGAAGAUAAGAAUGUGGCUUGGAACAUUUGAGACAGCUGAGGAAGCAGCUAGAGCUUACGACGAAGCCGCGUGCCUUCUUCGAGGAUCGAACACUCGAACCAACUUCAUCACUCAUGUCUCAUUGGAUUCUCCUCUUGCUUCUCGGAUAAGAAAUCUUCUUAACAACAAAAAGGGUAUCAAAAACAAAGAAGAUGUUGUUGCUUGUGCCCCAAGUAACAGCAACACUAGUAGUAAUACUAAUUCAAUUUCAAGCAAUGAUGAUGAUAACAAGGAAGAUUCUGUUUCAACUAAGGAUAAUAAAAAAACACAACUUUUUGAGGAUGCUUAUAAACCUGAUUUGAGCAAUUGCAAGGAGGAUUUUGAGACAGGUUCACAAUCCAACAUUUCAUGGGGUUUUGGACCUUUUUUCGAUCGUUUUCCUAUCGCUCAAUUAUUCGAUAUACCGAAGAAUGAUGGCAUGACUGAUGCAUCAAGCUUGGAGUUUUCAGAAUUUGAAAGAAUGAAGGUUGAAAGACAGAUAUCAGCUUCACUUUAUGCUAUUAAUGGAGUGCAUGAGUACAUGGAAACUGUUCAUGACUCCAAUGAAGCCUUAUGGGACCUUCCACCUUUGUGCUCAUUGUUCUGUUAAAUCUUUAAGGUCUAAAUAUGAUUCUGAAAAUGUUUCUUUCAAAUAUCAUUGCAGCCAAUUUUUUUUCUUACUAUUAUUGAAAGGUCGAGGGAAGUGUGUUGGAUAUGUAAGACUGAUUGAACCAUUAUAAUAACAUAGAGAUAAUAUAAUUAUGUUUUAUAACAUUUCUAGAA